AUGCGAAACGAAACGACAAAAACCCCCGGUAGGGGCGGUGGCCUUAUUUAUGGGGGCGCAAGUCACGGGCGAUCGGCGCAAGCCGUGCACGAAAAGUCUGAUCGAAAAAAAGAAUUGGAAUGCGCUCUCAUCGCCUGUAAACCCCACGGCGUCCUCUCAGACUCGACGGACGUUGAACCAGCAACGUCUAAGAAACGAUUCAGGAAAACUACGCAAGUAUUUGAACAAACCGCGGCAAUAAAGGGAACUUAUAUUGCUCAGGCUACCUUUGAAGGGCAGAAACACAUUUUUCCGCUCGAAGUGCCAUACUGCCUGAGACUGACCGCCGUGGACGUGGCGGGGGACCCCCCCCCCCCGGCCCCGUGCAGGGGGUUGGGCCUUGCGGCGGCCGACUAUUAUGUAGUGUGCCGUAAAGAACGGCAUUCUGGGCCGUUCGGACGGGGCCAAAUAGAAAAAUGUCGCACCGAAUGGAAACAGUCAUAUGGAGGCCGGCUCCUUGCGCUCGCAAAUGACCUUCAUAUAGUAGAUCCAGCCAAUCUAUGCGACAGCCAGUCCAGCUCAGUUUUCGAUUUGGCAAGAGCCCUGGCAAUACUGGAGUUCGUAUUUCGAGCGGCACACGCGGCGAGAUACGGGCGCGCGGCAGUUUAUGGCAACUGGACGCAUGCAGCGCUGGCCUGGCUC